AUGCUUGGCUAUUCCUUACCUAGGGGUGCAGCAGAUACUUUAUGUAAGGAUGUCUUUGAUGCUGAGAUUAAAGAGGCCAUAUGGGGACAAGGGAAUAACAAAUCCUCGGGUCUAGAUGGUUAUAAUUCUUACUUUUUCAAAAGAAAUUGGCCUAUAGUUGGGGAAGAUUUUCUGGAAGCCAUCAUGUAUUGUUUGGACAACUCAUUUAUGCUCUAUUCUUUUAAUGCAACAGUUGUUGUUCUUGUACCUAAAAUUUCUAAUCCGAACAUGGUAAAGGAUUUUAGACCCAUUUCUUGUUGUUCUGUGAUAUAUAAGACUGUUACUAGAAUUUUAGUGGGUCGGCUAUCCACUGUUUUUCCUGGUAUGAUCUCUAUGAACCAGUCUGCUUUUGUGAAAGGGAGAAGCAUAGUAGAUAAUACUAUACGAGCUCAGGAAAUUGUUAGGGGUUACGUAAGGAAAAAAAUCUCCCCAAGAUGUGCUCUUAAAAUCGAUUUACAAAAGGCUUUUGAUUCUUUAAACUGGGAGUUUGUAGGUGUUAUUUUGUAUGCUGUGGGGCUACCUGAGAAGUUCAUUAGCUGGAUUUGGGCUUGUUUUACAAAUCCUAGCUACUCUAUUGUAUUCAAUGGCAGCCUUGUUGGUAUUUUAGGGGUGCUCGUAGUAGAAGACAAGGGUUCUAUUGAUUCUAUCAUUGGAGUGCAAGAUGUGUUAGAUGUUUUUUACUCCAUGUCAGGGUUGAAGUUAAAUACCAUCAAGUAUGAGAUGUAUUAUGUUGGGAUUUCUGUUGAGCAGAGUAAUGUUAUCAAGAAGAUUACUGGUUUCAAUAUGGGAAACCUCCCGGUUAGAUAUAUGAGAGUCCCAUUGGUUACCAUGAAGCUAGCUGUGAAGGAAUGUCAAUGCCUCAUAGACAAAUUAAGGGCAAAACUGAACUUAUGGGCUAAUAGACACCUUAGUUUUGCUGGAAGACUUAAACUCAUUCGCUCUGUUUUAUUCAGCAUAGCAAACUACUGGUGUAGACAGCUUAUUCUGCCACAAGCGAUUAUCAGUAAAGUUAAACAGUUGUGUUCUCGGUUUUUCUGGAAGGGGUCUGAUUUGCCUGCUAAAGGUGCUAGAGUUAGCUGGAAGAAAAUCUGUUUAAUGAAAUCUGAAGGAAGAUUGGGGGUGCAAGAUGUAAGAGGCUGGAAUAAAUCUUGCAUUGUGCAUCUAAUCAGAAAAUUGUUGGCUAACGAAGGCUCUCUCUGCGUGUAA